CGAUAAUGCAGUGCAACAAGAAAAUUGUCAACAGUACUCUUUGACAACAAAAGCGACGGAGUUUAUUUUCGUAAUUAAUUUUCAGAAAUCAUGUUUUUGUGAGAAAAUAUCUUGGAUUUCGAGUUCUGGUGUAAAGAAAAGUGAGCCCGAAAUUGAGAUUUUGAUUCGAACAUCUUGACUGACCGUUCCAUAUGGCGUUCACGCACGUAAAGAACUUGUACGAGGAAGAGUUAUACUCUGCUGUAAACCAAUUAGUCACAGUGAUACUAUCUGACCCGACACAAUGUUCUAGCCUUCCGGCCGACCAAUACUUUCUUACGCUGUGCUACAGUGGGAACAGUUUGUACGAAGAUCACCAGUUCGAACGAGCCUCGGAUGUACUGAAAAAUGCUCUUCUGGCUCGCAAAACGUUCAUGAAAUUGAAGGCCAAUCUGUCGUCGUAUGAUUCCAGUGUCAAUUUUUUCUCGGAAGCGGAGCUACGCUACAAAUUAGCUCUUUGCUACAAGGCCGCCAAACGUAUACCCGAAGCUAUUGAAGCGCUCCAAAUCAUCGCACUGAAGAAUCGUUCGGCCAAGGUGAAUCUGCUGCUGUUCAAAUUGAUGCAAACGAACGGUCAACAGCUCGACAAAGCGGGAAUCGUACCGUUGAAAGCGCUGCUGAAGGCAAGCCCAAUGAAUUUGGAAGCCAUUUCCGGUUUACUGCGACUGGGUGUCAAACCGAACGACAUCCAUCCGUGGAUCGGCGACAAUCUACCACCGACGCUCAAGGAAUGGAUCCACAAUUUCAUUGACGGUCAGAGUAAGAUGCACAGUUGCCAGUUCUUGGCGGCAAUUGAAUCGUUCAAAGCCAUUGAAUCGAACAAUGAAAUGGUGUUGGUGCUGAUAGGCCAGUGCUAUCAUUACGUGGGCAAUUCUGAAGCGGCUGCAACGUAUCUGUUCCGCGCCUAUCAAAUGAACAAUUACCUGAACGACGGCCUAAUAACAUUGGCGGCCGUUUAUGGAAAUUUGAACCGUUUGGACGAUUUGGAGAAAUUGACACCUUCAAAUUUGACCGGUCUGACGGAUUCCUCGCCCGAAUAUUGGUUUAUAUUGGCUCAGUAUUUGUAUUGCCAUGGCAAGUAUGAGGAGGCUUUGUAUUUCUCGCAAAAAUCGUACAAUUUGAAGCCGAACAAUCCGGACUCGGCGAUACUGAAGACGAAAAUUUUCUUCCAACUCAAAAAGUAUAAGGAGGCGCUCAGCUAUCUGCGUGUUUUGGAAGAGUUUGCAUCUUACCGGUUCGAAAUAUACGAACUGUACGUGGACGUUUACCUGGCCACCAAUCGGUUCCGUGAAGCACAAGAAAUAUCACGGCGAAUGUUUAGCAAACAAGGAUCUCAUCUGUAUGCCAGAUCGUAUGUGUUGGCAGCCAAGACGUAUUUUUCGCAAGCCGAUCCACUAAUCAAAAUCAAGUCGAAACCGUUGCUGGAAAAUGCACUUGACAAAGAUCCCUACUGUUUGCCGGCUGUUUUAAUGAUGGUCGACUUGUUGCUGGAACGCGGCGAGAAUUCGGCUGCCGUGAAACUGAUCAAAAAGCAAUGCACCACAAGACCCAAUUCGAAGCUGUACGCGAUACUGGGCGACAUAUUGAGCAAGGAGAAGAAUCACAUGAAAGCCGUGGAAAAUUAUACAAAUUCCAUCAAAAUAGAUCCGUUGAAUCGGCGUGCCAAUACCGGCCUAAUGGCAUUGGGAUCGUUGGGUCAGUCGUCGAACGAUGAAACGGAACAAAGUCGAACAUACGAAUUCGAAGAAAUGCUCGAGGUGCCAGGCAAUGCGGAGGCGGAAAGUGAAUCGGACGCACCGUGGUCAGAUUUUGAAAUUGAAACGAGAUGAGCGUGCGUGUCGUGGCCGCUGUGGCCGCUGUGGUUAAUGUUGUGUGCUUAAUUUUUAAAAAUAAUUUUAUUUCCUUGAUCAUGGUAUUGAAGCGCGGAUAUAAAUGCAAUGAUGUCUCUCUAAGUCA